CAAUUUUUUUAUUUACUUGACAUUUGAUUUUUCGGCUGUCAGCGUUGUGUGGACUUUGAUUCUGGUGCAGUAAAAGCCUAAUAAUUUCAAGUUUUGUAAAAAUUUAUUAAACAUGUCGCUUGCUUCUGACGCCGUUUUUCAAAAAAUUAUCGAUGGUCUGAAAGUAAAUGAAGCCAAGGCAAAGGCUAUUAAUGGUGUCUUCCUAUAUAAAAUUACUAAAGAUGGAAAAGUGGCAAAAGAAUGGACCUUGGACUGCAAGAAUGCAAAAGCAUACGAGGGUCCUGCCAAAGAUAUUAAAGUCGAUACUACGCUGACUGUGUCCGACGAUGACAUGGUGGACAUUGCUCUGGGAAAACUCAAUCCACAGGCUGCUUUCAUGAAGGGAAAACUCAAAAUUUCCGGAAACAUUAUGUUAACCCAAAAGUUGGCCCCUCUGCUUAAGACAGAUGCUAAAUUGUAAGGAUUUGCAUAUGCACUAUGUGCAAAAUAGUCUACAAAACAUUCAAUGCAACUGGGAGAUGUAGAAAUAUUGAUUCCGUUGGAAUUCUACUCUUGGUGUAUAAGUUCAAUAUUUGGGAGAUAAGUUCAAAAGUUAUAUUUUAUUCAAUGCAAAGGGCAUAAUAAGCAUUGUUUUAUGAGCAUAAUUUAACUAAAUAAUUGUAAUUGUAUUGUGCAAAAUAUAUACAUACUGUUUGUAAGAUUGGAUGUACUGGUUCAGUAAAACAAAGUUUAAAUCAUUUUGUACUUUA